AUGCUGGAUAUUUCAGGCAGAUUCCAUAACCGCAUCCAGGACACCACCUACAAAUUUGGUUAUCAUACUGCCCCGGUGAAUAUGCUGGGCCUCAAAAAACACCACUUUGUUCAGCUUAUGUCCGAUCCGUCACUGCACGCCAAUCGUGGUAUUUUUUUGAUCGAAGCUCUUACUACAACCCUUCCAACUCGGCAGCCGCUAAUCCCUGUGGCGAAAGUACCACGAAGUUUCGUACCGAUGUCGUGCAGAGCUCCGCUGUGUAACCCUUACACACACAAUUUUGCUUUUGGUUAUGAAGAAGACGUUGGUGGCUGGAACGGCAUCGAAGGCGAUAUUGAUGUGCCGAUUCCAAUAUCCAAGAAUGUCGCAUAUCGCUUCCCGUUCUCCGGAAAUUUCUACUGGCAUCCGGACAACAAAACUGUCACUUAUGGACACAAUUUUAAUAACAUCGAGCCGUACUUCAGUUUGUUCGAAUAUCAGAAGUACUCUCCGGAUUUUCCAGAGGAUAUUUUUCGUCGCCGCAAGAAGCGUCAAGCU